GUCCAACCAAUUUUGCAGUCAACAAUAAAUUCCCACAGAUUCAUUGGCAGACGCAGCAGAGUCCACACCUCCCUUUCACCGUCACCGUCACCGUCACCGUCACUCUCUCUUUCUCUCCGCCGGCGAACGUUGUUUCUUUCCCUCCCCUUCCCUUUCUAUAUAUCUACAGAUAACCUUUCUCCCUCUUCAUCGGACUUCAAUUUUCUCUCAAUUCUCCAUUUCUCCAUCUCUCUCUCUCUCUCUCUCUCGCUCGCUCGCUCAACCUUUCGCUUCUGUACUGAAAUUCGGUAGAGAUGGCGGUCACGAUGAAGCUGAUGUCCUUGCUAGUCGCCGGUCUCGGCGCGCUCUCCUUCCUAUUCGGCGUCAUCGCCGAGAACAAGAAGCCGGCUGCCGGGACUCCGAUUACCGGGAAGGGUGUGGUGAUCUGCAAGUAUCCGGCGGAUGCGACGGUGGUGUUGGGGUUCCUGUCCGUUGCGUUUCUGAUAGCGUCGACGGUGGCUGGAUAUUUCUCCCUGUUUUACCCUUACAAGGGGAAGUCCGUCCCUCAAUCUGCCAUGUUCCGCAGCACCAGUUUUCUCAUCUUCUUCAACAUUGCCCUGUUCACGGGUGGUUUAGCUGCAGCGUUGUUGUUGUGGCCGACUAUUACAGAGCAACUUCACCUGUCGCGUAACGUUCAUCGCAACUUGGAGACUGCGUGCCCAACUGCUAAGACUGGUCUCCUGGGAGGUGGUGCCUUUGUCUCUCUUGAUUCGUCUCUCUUCUGGCUGGUUGCGCUCAUGUUGGCCGCCAAUGUUCGAGAAGACUACUUCGAUGAAGUCGAAAAGGAUGGCAAGUUAGCCGUAGACGAUAGCACAGCUGCUGAUUUUGAUGAACCGUCAACCCUCAAGGGUUCUGCCUAGAGGCAGCCUUCGGUCAUCUACCAAGGUUGAACUACUUCUAUGUCUGGACAUACAUUCCAUAAGACCUUCCAAAUUAUCAAUCGAUCUUAAUGGGAGCAAGCGUUGAACAAUCUGGGACUUGCUUAUUGUAAAUAUGGCUUGUAAUUGUGGGAAGAAGGCACUUCUUUACUCUAUACAUUGGUAUGGUAGUUUGAGUCUGUUAUCAUAUAGAUCGUUUCCGACUUUUCUUUAUGGAGCUGAGCUACGAACUACGUAAUUCAGCCUGUCGGUAAUGCUUGCAAACAGCUUUCGUACUAUGAUAUCUGCAUCAGGUAGUUUUCAAUGGUUUGGCUCAGGACUCUAGAGGUCAACCUAAUCUGAACAAGGUCGAAUGUUGUUGGCAAUGUUAGUGCCAGCAUACUUACUGAGUAUUCUUUCUGUUAAAAUAUAGCAAAUUGAAGAGCCCUAA